GGUAGAAAUGAACAGGGGUCGCUCAGGCCUUGCUUGACCUUCAGUUUGGAGAAGAUGCCCAAGGAACACUGAAAGGUGGGUUGUCUCCAAACUUCCUGGAGGAUCACCCAGAUUGAGUAUUGUUCUGAGUCAGGUGGACUGGCCAACUCAGGGAGAGAAAGCCUCCUGGUUCCAGACCCUGCCUCCACUUCUGCAAGGUUUUGGAAAUCCCUUGUCUCCAGGUUGCUGGAAUUGACUUCUUGCUCAACUGAAUCACUCACUUGAUGAAGACAAAGAGAACUAAUGCUUUGUGCUGACUCAUCUCUGAAUCCAAGCACUGGGGAGUCUGUCUGCCUGGUUUGCGGAAAGAUCCAGUGAUUGUUUUUAUCACUGAGCUUCCUGAGACUUCUGAAGAUAAGAAGUCAGAGGAAUAUACACUUUCUUUUGAAUUUUCAUAACAUACUUGCUCUAGUUUUGAAGCCUCGGGCUGCUGGGCGUGUGAGUGACAAGUCUUUACAAGUGGCCUUAUUCCAACUCCAGAGAUUCCUCACCCAGAUUCUAAUUUUAUAUACAAUCCUCAAGAGACAGGAAACAUGCCAACUCAAUCCCUCUUGAUGUAUAUGGAUGGACCAGAAGUUAUUGGCAAUUCUCUUGGCACCCAAAUGGAGAUCGAUGAUGCCAUGACAAUAAAAGGGACCGCCGCUGUUCCUUUCAGAGCCACGCAGGAGAAGAACAUAAUCCAAAUAGAAGGGUAUAUGCCCUUGGACUGCAUGUUUUGCAGUCAGACCUUCACACGUUCGGAAGACCUCAAUAAACAUGUCUUAAUGCAACAUCGGCCAAUCCUCUGUGAGCCCGCCGUUCUGCGUGUUGAAGCAGAGUAUCUGAGUCCUCUUGAUAAAGUUCAGGUGAGAACAGAACCGCCAAAGGAUAAGAAUUGCAAGGAAAACGAAGAACUUAGCUGUGAAGUGUGUGGGCAGACGUUUCGAGUCGCCUUCGACGUUGAGAUCCACAUGAAGAAACACAAGGACUCUUUCACUUACGGGUGUAAUGUGUGUGGCAGAAGAUUCAAGGAGCCCUGGUUUCUGAAGAAUCACAUGCGAACGCACACUGGCAAAUCGGGGGCCAAGAGCAGACCGCAGCCAGGCCUGGAGAGCCCGGCGACCAUCAACGAGGUGGUGCAGGAGCACGCGGCUGAGAGCGUCUCAUCUCCUUACAAGAUCUGCAUGGUUUGUGGCUUUCUGUUUCCAAAUAAAGAAAGUCUCAUUGAUCACAGGAAGAUGCACACCAAAGACACUGCUUCCGGUACCCGCAGCUCACAGACAGACACGCAGCAGGAGGGAAUGCCAUCUCCGGGGGAAGAGUUGCUGCAGUUCUUAAACCUAAGACCCAGGUCUCACCCGGAGAUCGCAAAGAAGCCGGCCAAAUGGAUACCUCAGCUGGACCCGUUCACCACCUACCAAGCCUGGCAGCUGGCCACCAAAGGGAAGGUCGCCGUGUGCCGAGAGGUGAAGGAGCAGCCGGGCCAGGAGGGGAGCACUGACAACGAUGAGUCCUGUUCAGACAAAGAAGAGCUGGGGGAAAUUUGGAAUGCGAAUAAAAGCCAUCCCGAAGGUUCCGGAAAGUCCAAGACAAGUAAAAGCGGUUGUCCAGGUCUCUCACAAGAUAAGGAGAAGCCCAGACACCCUGCCGGUGAAGUGCCUUCCGUGGACGCAGACCCCAAGUUAGCCAGUAACAAAGAGAAGCCGACGCAUUGCUCCGAGUGUGGCAAAGCCUUCAGAACCUACCACCAGCUGGUCCUGCACUCCCGGGUGCACAAGAAGGACCGCAGGGCCGAUGCCGAGUCGCCGCCCAUGUCAGUGGACGGCAGGCAGCCGAGGACCUGUUCUCCGGACCUGCCCCCCACCCUGGAGGAGAACGGAGCCAUCGAUCGAGAAGGUGGCUCUGAAGACGGGUCCGAGGAUGGGCUUCCAGAAGGGCUCCACCUGGAUAAAAAUGAUGAUGGAGGAAAAAUAAAGCAUCUUACAUCCUCAAGAGAAUGUAGUUAUUGUGGAAAGUUUUUCCGUUCAAAUUAUUACCUCAAUAUUCAUCUCAGAACACAUACAGGUGAAAAACCAUACAAAUGUGAAUUUUGUGACUAUGCUGCAGCCCAGAAGACCUCUCUGCGGUAUCACCUGGAGAGACAUCACAAGGACAAGCAGACCGACGCUGCUGCUGAAGUCAGGAACGAGGGGAAAAACCAGGAGACGGAAGAUGCACUUCUCACCGCUGACAGUGCGCAAACCAAAAAUCUGAAAAGAUGUUUUGAUGGUGCCAAAGAUGUUAAAGGCAGCCCACCUGCAAAGCAACUGAAGGGGAUGGCCCCUGCCUUUCAGAACAUUCUGGGCAGUGCUGUCCUCUUAGCAGUACACAAAGAUACUCAGGAUCUCAGUAAAAACGCAGCUGAUGACAGUGCCGAUACACUGAGCAAAAAUCCUGCCCCUGCUUAUCUGGACGUGCUAAAAAAGAGAUCAGCAGUUGAACCUCAGGCACACCACCUCACCUGCGGAACAGAAGUGGACGCGGCCCCUCACCCAGACGGCCGGGCGGCCCAUCACGUCCAGGUCGGCCACAGAGAGAGGAAAGUGGAGGUCGAUGCCGACUGUCAGGAAAAACCCUUAAACUUAUCCCUCGGGGCUUCCCACUGCUGCCCGGCAGCUUCUUUGGCUAAAAGUGCGACCACGAGUACCACCUGCCCGUUCUGCACCUUCAAGACAUUUUAUCCAGAGGUUCUAACGAUGCACCAGAGACUGGAGCAUAAGUACAACCCUGACAGCCACAGAAACUGUCGGAACAAGUCUCUGCUUCGAAGUCGACGGACCGGAUGCCCCCCAGCUUUACUGGGGAAAGAUGUGCCUCCCCUGUCGAAUCCCUACAAGCCCAAGCCCAGGCCCGCCUUCCCAGCGCAGCCCAGACCCCUGCCGUCCGAGAAAGCGAAGCCCACCCCCCCGGGGCCCGGCAAAGCCCCUCUGACUUCAGGGAUCGACUCCAGCACUUUAGCCCCCAGCAACCUGAAGUCCCACCGGCCGCCGCAGAGCCUCGGGGGGCCGGGGGCCGCCGUCCGGCAGCCGCCUUCCGAGAUGUUCGCCAAAGCCAGUGCGACCCCGGCCCCGGCCGCGGAUAAAGCCAAGCGGCUGGAGCCCAAGCCCAAGCCUCAGCCUCCUGCCCAGCCCGCCCCGGGCGCCGCCCUCAAUGGCUGCAGCGACCACACCCCCAGGAAUGACGGUCUCUGGGCGCCGCCGGCCCGGGACUACUUCUGUGGCCGUGGCGCCGGCGCCGAGCCGGACGAGCCGCUCCCCAAGCGGCCGCCGAGGGUCGGGGCGCCGGCCCUCGACGGGGACCAACCCGGCCCCCACUACCGGCGGCCCUUUGACCUCCCCAAGUUCCACGUGGUGCGCGGCCUCACUUCGCUGCUGCCCCCCGAGUGCGCGUGCCCGCCGCCCACCGCGCUGCCUGCGCGGCCCCGCUUCCUGGCCACCGGCGAGGCGGACGCGGCCGUGCUCCCCGCGCAGAAGACCUUCGUUGCUGCCGGAACCCUGUUCCCCUGCGGCCCCGCGGGCCCCGCGGCCGGGUCGGCGCUGGAAGGAAAAAGGCCUGUGUCCUAUCAACACUUAUCUAGCAGCAUGCUACAGAAGAGGAACUAUGAGAAUUUUAUUGGGAACGCACAUUAUCGACCAAAUGACAAAAAAACUUGAUUUCCUAUUUUGGGGAUGAAAGGUCUUGAUGGAUAUAAAUGUGUACUCUCCAUGAAACUGAAUUAGUUCAUCUUUUGAAAAAGCAGAUGGUGAAAGCUACUGAAAUAAGCUGUGAUUGUACUGUACAUAUAACAUAUAACGAACACUACGGUUUUGUAAAGUUGUUCUGUUAACUUUUG